AUGCCUGCACCUAUCACCCAUAUAAACAUAAUUACUUUGCGAUGGAUGCCACCUCGAAUAUGGUUCGAAGAUCAUGAUCAAAUUCCUUCAUUUAUUGAAUUCUUACCCAAAGCUAUCUUUGAAGAACGAAUGCGACAACUGGAUCGACUUGUACGUACACAAUGCCCAUCAACACAUAUCGAGUAUUACGUCUUUGUCUUUGUCAUCGCCUGUGUUGCUUGUUCUGCUGGUUUCUCGCUUGCUGCACGAUCGGCUGACAUAUCAAUGUGGUAUCCGCUUAUCCUUCUCCUUGUUCCUGCUGCUCUUAGUUAUUGGACAAGCCGUCGACGAGCCACCUUUGUACAUCGUAUACGUCAAUUUGAGCUUGCAUUGAAACAAACGUUACGGGAAUUCAACAAGACCGAUCGCCUGAAGUGGACAUUUCGUCGACCCAAUGCACAGGAUGCGUUGCCGUCAAAGUACAAGAAUGCGAGGUUGUGCUUGGUGAUCCAGAUAUCGCAUUAUGCAGAAGAAUUGCCAUCGUAUCACACCGCUGUCAUGUCAUCCUCGAUCGUGUUGGAUCAGCAAACUUUAUCACCACCGCCGAGUUACUCACAAGCAAACUUGCAAGAUGCAUCCUCUGUAUCAGAAAGCACUGCAACAUCAGCUCCCACUCUAUUAUAUACAUCAACCAAUUCAUCUCAAACAUCACUACCGUUAUCCCAUCCUGAACCAGCCAUAGUGAGAUCAUCAUCAUCCACGGUCGUGCCUUCAUCCACCACAUGGUGCAGUAAUACCAACACCACCACCUCCAAUAAUAAUACCGCCUUUAACAACCAACUUCAUCCUUACGAUUCCUUACCCGGUGUACAACGUCAUCGGUAUCCAUAA